AUGGCAACUAUAGGCAGCGGUUCAGCUCGAGUCUCUGAUACCACAUCGACAUCUUCGGCCUAUUUGAUGACGACAAAUCCUACAGCCACUGAAGGCAAUCGACUACUUCGUGGUGCAAGUGCGAAUGACGCCAGUAAAGUUCCAGUCUAUCAUUAUCCACCUGAACAAGAUGAAAGGAGCAAGAAAGCACCUUUUAUCGAGGAUCGACUGAAUGAAGAGUUGACGAACCCUGAGUACGUUAAUCGGCUUUACGAACGAUGGUAUUCGGAGGGCUUAUCGUCAAAUGAAGUCGCUUUAGGUCUGGAUCAGAUCGAUAACCAAGAGGUCCAAGAGACUUAUCAAAACCUCGGAUUGGGCUAUAGAGAGUAUAUUGAUUGGAGGAACAGUAUGUAG